AUGGAUCAGUCGAAUGAGGAAUGUGCUGCAACGGAAUUACGUCGUUUUGCAUCAUUACUGCGUGAACUUCGUGUCACUGAUAGUUGGCAUACGAAAUCACGAAGAAAAUUUAUUCAGAUUCAGGUUUGUGAAUAUUUGAAAUUUUACAAUGUUUAA